AUGAUAAUAGUGGAGCCUACGUCAAAGAAGAAUUUAACGUUAGAGAUCGAGAAAACGGCUGCCAAGCUAGCAAGACGAACUGAGUUGAGCACCACCAAUCUUGAUCCUAAAUACAAUCCAGAGCGUACAGAAACAAUAAAGCAGGAAUUACUAGAAUUACAAAAGCAAAAGAUCGAUGCCAAACUGUUUCACGCUCGAAAAGAGUUGAAGGCGACUUUUAAAAAAUGCAAGGCCAUGGAACUACAAAAGCAGAUCAAGCGAGUUCGUGAGGCCGAGAAAGCUGCGUCUAUUGAAGCAACAGAAGUGUCUUCUCCUGCUGCCGAAGGCAAAGAAAAGAAACAGAAAAAACUGACCAAAGAAGAUAUCCCACGACUCGAAAAUGAACGCGAAUUGUUAAAGAACCUGGAUUUGGAUGCUUUAGUCGAUCGUUCACUAAGAAACAAGUUGUUAAAACAUAAAGAACUCGGCGAAAACGAGGUGGUCAAAUCAGUAAGCUUUUUAGCAGCAGAACCGGCAACGCCAGAAACGAAUCAGACCGUAUUGGACCUUGGUGCAAGAAUAUUACGACAUAAAACAGCGCAGGAACAAUAUAAAAAGCUUAUCAGCUAUAUACAACAUAUUUUGAAUCCCACCGCCGCUCCAUCAACAGCAACAACAACAACAGAAUCAACAGUAGCACCAGCAACUGGCAAGAAACGGAAAAAUGAAGAAAGCGGAGGAAAGGAGCAGAAGAAACAGAAGAAUCGUGAAGAGAAGAAUUUGGAAUCCUCUUUGUUUAUUGAAACAUUGGGUGGAUCGAACGAUAGCGACGAUGAUGACAGCAACGAUGAUGAAAGCAACGAUGAUGAAAGCAACGAUGGUGGCAGCGACGAUGAAAGCGGAAAGGAUGAUGAUAUUAAUAAGGAGCAAAAACCCAGUCAGCCGAAAAAGAAGAAGAAAACCAAGUCUGGAUUGAAGUGGGAUGAUCCCAAUUUCGACAAGUAUUAUCAUGGUGAAAAGAAAAAGAACAGAAUGGGUCAAAGAGAACGACGAAAGAAACUCGAGGAAUUGUAUGGCAAAGAAGCAAACCACAUAAAGGAGGCAAGAAAGGCAAAGCAGCAUUUGGGAAAGAAGGGCAACGGCAAAAAGUCGGGCGAUGGAGCACCCAGCGUCAAACAGCAGAGUCCAAAGCAGAAUGUGGAAGAGUUCCAUCCAUCUUGGCAGGCCAAGCUAAAACAACAGGAAAUGAUGGCAAAGGCAUUGAGUGGCGAAGGAAAGCCAGCGAACAACAAGAUUGUCUUCGAUUAAGCUUUUCGCUUUUGUUCUUUUUUUUUUACAUGCACAACCUUCCAUGUUCUUUCUCUCUUUCUUUGAUAUACAUUUUCUACGCAUAUAUUCUUGACAAGCAUAUCAUUCAUUGCCAUUUGUACUUUUAGUACUUUCCACAAAACGGGAACUAUAAGAAUUCAUCAUUGCUACUAUCACUUUUAUGACCAUCAAUCUUUGGCAGCCUAAUACGCACAAACAUUACUGUACUACUCAUCGCAUCGUUACAGUAUAUUCGAGGAUUAACACCGUGCUGCUGUAGAGACUCACGUACAUCUUCGCACCAGUUCCUUUCUCUCGUUGUAUCGACGCAACAAACAUGCCUAAAGUGUUACUUUUUUAAGACAUAGAAUUGGCUUUUUCUUUUUACACUGUUACAUGAACAUUGAUAGAGUGUGAAAAAAAUAAAAAUACCGAUUUUGGAACAAUC